AUGUUAUUCUACAACAACACUGUCCACAUGGUCAUCCAUAGUGCUGAUCAGAGCAGUGAGGGGAGAUACUGCUGUAAUCUCAGACAGAAUGGAACACUGUUAAUAGUAUUUCUAAUGCUGUCAGAACUGAGGAAGGUACAACAUGUGUUCUUAUCUAACUGAAAUAUCAACCUUUAUGUAAAGUCUGAAUAUUGUCCUCUUGAUCAUUAGUUAUUGACGAUCAAUAACAUUGGUCUCGUUUUAAAUGGUGAAGGCAUUUGUCACAUUUACAAGAAGAUGCACCAGUAAUGGCCAGAAGACUUUGGAUUUAAAUUAAAUGAAACUUUCCCCUCUGACUAAACACAGCUUUGAGUUUCCCCACAGUUUCAUCCGAUGGCACUCUCACAUGGUGACACUGCUUUGUAGGAGAGUACACCCAUGGCCAUGCAGAGUACACCUGUGGCCGUGCUUCAUGGUCUUGGACACCACUAUCUACAGCAAGAGAGUUUCCAGUCGUGACAUCUAAAAUAUACGGAUCCAACAAGACGUUUACUGAGGGGUUUUCAUACGGGGACUUCAAUGGCUACUACUUAGCGUCUUUACAUCUCACCAGUGGAGUUGGAAGAUGGUGGAAGGUUCAACCUUCCAUUUUAAAAACCUCCUAGUCGCCUCUAUUAAUGUGGUAACCAUAAAGGGUGACCAUUCUUUUCUUUUUUAAAUAUAUCCAAGGUACAUUUCUUAGAAUAAAUUAAUUCUACUUGCAUUCGAGAGAACAAAUAACUGAUACCCGCUGUCUUCCAUUUCAGUCUCCACAGUGCCCCCUAGUGGUGUAUCCAUCAUGAAUCAUCUGGUGGUGCUGAGGCGCGAGGUGUUGGAGGUGAGCGGUGACCCUGUGACCCUGGCCAGGCUGAGGAUGAAGGGGAGGAGAGGGCGGCUGGUCAAACAGGACGUCCUGACAGAGAGUCACCCCAACAGGACUCUCAGUGUGAAACCGCCCCAAGCCAGCUUCACUGGCAGUGUGUGGUGUUCAGAGGGCUUGCUCAGAGCGACAGCCUCCCUGACCUCACAAUGCCCACACAGACAACAGUGUCUUCAAUGACAGGUAACAACUUGUCAUGAUUAUAUAGACUCUCUGCAAUCUGACCCCAUAUGUUCCAAACCCAGGCUAAUCUAACGAAAUUGUUCAGCACGGGACCUCUGCUUUACCCUGGCAUAGGCUUAUUGUAACGAAGGAAAGAGGUUAUCAUUUGUACUUGAGAGGCUUUCUUGGGGAUGGGCACAGAGACGGAGGUCAGAGGGGAGAUUGCAGUGGGUGCCACCCUAGUAAUACUGGUUCUUCUCGGGUUCUGCUGUCGAAGACCAAAAGGUAAGGAAACACUCCCUCUUGGAUACUCUCCAUAAAAAAGGACCAGAGGCAUCCAACCUAAUCCCAAAGGAAUGGAAAAGACACUGCAGGCACCAUCUAAAAUGACUGAAUUAGACAGUACAUAUAUUUCUCAUUCAUUUGGGACAGAGGCAUACAUCUAGCCUACACGUGGAUUCAUCUCCACAAUAGUCUUCAAAAAAAUGGACAAACUUCGAUUUUUGAGUGAAUUUUCACUUUAACUUGUUACAAAACAUACACAAACAAACGACAACGUCUCACAAACAUCCACAACAUCACCCCUGCUCAGACCCCCAUCUCCAGCGCCUGCAUCACUCUCCGCCACAUGGUCUCAAACGGCACCAUUUUGAUUCUCUCCGUCGCCCACGCACUUUCAACAUUUAGAUAAUAAAGCAUUUGACCUUUCCAUUGUGUUAACGAUGGAGGAUUGUUUGAUUUCCAGUUUUUAAGUAUAGGUUUUUUCCAGAUGUAGUAUCGUCCAACCCAUCGGGUAUCUCACUGCACCCUCAUAUGCCAUGUCUUGAAAUAUGCAGACAGACGGAUUAGAAGUAAAUUGACAUAGUAAUACUUCUUACAGCCAAGUUUCUUACUCUGCCCAUAACUUUUGGACUUCAUAGCAUUCCCAGAAGGCAUGGAUGGUUGAGUCAUUGUUAGUUUUACACUUAAGACAUGACUCUGUCGUUGUGCUGUAGAAUUUAUGAAUUUUGUCUCUUGUGUAAUAAAUUCUAUACAUUAGUUUAUACUGGAUUAAGCGUACAUUUUUGAUAACUAUAAUUUUGUUCGUUAUGCUCCAACAUUCCCUCUAUCUUGUGCCAAUAUCCAUUCUUUUUAAGUCUUGGUUCCAGUAGUUUCUAUUUUUUUCUUAAGAGAUUGUCAGUUGGAUAGACUCUCCUUUCUGCAACGUUUUGUAUAUCUUACACAUCAUACCGUAUGACUAUAUUUUUCUGACUCAAAUAAGAUUCCCUCAAGAUUGCUCUGAUGUCCAAAAUAUUUUGUUAGUUUCUACCUUGGCAACAGUGUCUCAGCUUAUUUCAACAUUUGACUCUCCUGUAAUAGGGAAGUUGUCAGUAAUAGAGAACCAUAAAUGGACUGUCCAUAAUGUAGGAAGUUCAACUUGUGGUUGAACUUGAACACCACUGUCUAUCUAUGGAGUUUCAUGAAAACGAUUGUUUUGGUACCAUUAAUUUCUAUAAGGAUUGUUGUGUGGCAGGUGACUAUUGAUGACUUAGGGAGCCCUACCCCUUAACCCCAGCCCGACCAUACAGUAUAGGGUGGAUACAAGUAAAGUGAGAUGUCAUGAAGUAUCCUCAGAUGUGCAGUCAUUUUUAUUUUGCAUUACAUAUAGUAAUACUACUGAACUGUUGUAGCUAGAAACACAAGAAAUGAUGCUACACCCGCAAUAACAUCUGCUGAAUUUGUAUAUGUGACCAAUAACAUUUGAUUUGAUUUGAAUCUGUCGUUUUUCUUUUAUUCCUAUUUUCAUCAGUCAUUUCCUGUACAAACUUAACAGGUACCUCAGUAAUGAUAUGAGUUUGCUACUGAGCAAAGAGGGGAACAGAACAAGUAGUUACAGUAACAUGGGGAAGGACAGAGGCUCUGUGAGUGUUACGUUGUUGUGGAUCCUGGUAUGGAUAUCAGCACACGGUCAAGGAUUCUCAGCCGAAGGUGAGUAGCUGGUUUCUGGUUGAAUUAUCAAGAUCAUUUUAGUGUAAAAUAACAAUAAUCUCCAUUUAAAGUUUGGCAUACAAGUACAAUGAUAAAGCUAUCGAGGAGUCAUCGGAGAAAGAGAGACAGAUUGGGGGGGGGGGGGGGGGGGGGGUUUGCUGUAGCCUUUAAUAGAGAACGGUGAAUUAUGUUACAUAGACAUUCUGACACAUUUCUACUCUCCACAGUAUUGUCAAAGAACAUAUUUUUCAUUGCCGAGUCAAGAGACAGAGUCACUAUCCCAGUUUCCCCCAUGGUUCUACAAGGGACAGAGCACCAUUACCAAUGGAUAUGGACCUCACAUGACGGCAGACACUCAAACACCACAAUAGCCAAAAUAAUUUCAUCCACUUGGGAAUCUGUAUCGAACACAUUGGGUUUUUCAAAAGGCAGUGGAUAUAAUCUUUCCAUGAGGCCACACUUUGGAAAUGCUGGAGAGUUUGUGUUCAUGCAAACCAAACCAGCUUCAGUUAUUGUGGUGAGGUUUGAGGCGUUUGCUUUCAAAGGUAUUGUGUAUAUUUGUUUAUUGUCACUUCGUCAAUAUCAGAAUUAGAGUCAAACACAAGCAUGUUCCUUUUGUGUUUGAUAACACUAAAAACACGUACUGGAUAUAACAUCAAGGAUGUUCGAUUUGUAAAUGUUAACCAAUUAUUUUUGAAGUAAUCUACAACUCUACGUUUGCAGUUACCCCCUAUGAUUGGCCUUCAUUUCGUCUGGGUUCUGAUGUGAGUUUUAGUUGUAAGCUGUCCAGCCUACAAGAAGGGACCACACUUCAGUGGGAAAGAGAUGGAGAUCCUACUUCUAACACCACGUUGUUUUACGACAACACAGUCCACAUGGUUAUCCAUAGUGUUGAUCAGAGCAGUAAGGGAAGAUACAACUGCACUCUCAGACAGAAUGGAACACGGUUAUAUGAGGUUUAUAAUACCUUGAAUGUUCAGACAAGUAAGUUAGCUAGAUUUGUGGAUAGUAGUAGUAAUAGAUUAAUUAAUUAACAGUAACUGAAGAUUCACUCGUGUGUAGAUUAACUUGAUUGUUGUAGAUAUUCUUCUUCAUAGUAUUUUCCCACAAUGUUAAUUUUUUCCAGGCACAUUAAACAAUCCAGUAACUUUGUUCCGAGAGAUCAGCGACAGCAUUGAGGUGAAGAUGAUGUGCAGGUCUUCAUCCUGGUACAGCAAAGCCUCCUGGACCAAGAGCACAUCUCCAGGGGAAGCACCUACUGCUCUGACUUCAGAUGAUAGACUAGAAAUUGACCGGUUCUCAUCUCCCACGUUCAACCAAAUAUCUUUCCCCCUGCGAGUUUCACCAGUGGCAUUUGAGGAUGGAGGAUUGUUCAGAUGUAAUUUUAAUAGCCAUCUUAUGUCUUAUGUUCAACUCACAACCAUUCAAGGUAACUUUUCUUUUGUCUUUUAACAAUGUUCAAUGAGAGAGCAGCCACUCUCUGUUCACGUAGCCUAAUGUUGGUUCUCUGAUUGUCAACCACAAAAUAACAUGUUUAAUUAAUCAGCUUUAUACUAGGCCUACAUUAUUAUUACGGUAUACUGUUCUUUCAGAGGGGAAAGUUCUGUUAUGUUUUCUGUUCUCUGGCCCAGUCUCUGCAUCUGGAGGGCCCCCUGGUGGCCAGUCGGUGGUGCUGAAGUGUGAGGUGUCGGAGGUGAGCGGUGACCCUGUGACCCUGGCCUGGCUGAGGAUGGAGGGGAGGAGGGGACUGCUGGUCAAACAGGAUGUCCUGACAGAGAUUCACCCCAACAGGACGCUCAGUGUGACCCUGCCCAGCCUCCAUAGAGACCAGCUGUACUGGCAGUGUGGGGUGUUCAUAGAGGGCAUGCUCAGAGCGAGUGUUCCCCUCAGACUCUGUGGUGCUGAUGGAAGAUCAGGGUUACCAGGCCUAGGGUUACCAUCGCCUCUGAAAGGUUACUAAUGACGAUAGUCGAUUAUAGUAGGUCACAGUAGAUCACAUCCUCUGAAUGAAUAGAUUCAGUGAGACAUCAUGAUCAUCAUUAUAAACAACAUAAAACAAGUAACCAAAUCAAUGUCUCUACAUUGCCCUUUGCCCCUUACUAAACUGUGAUGCAUUUGGAGUCAUAGCAAAAGCAAUGAACGGUGUUGUAAGUCCUCAGAUGUCUCAUUUUUAGCAUGUUCUCUUUCAUACUUGGUUUCCAACAGACUACACUCGGCAGACUUUGAUCAUUGCGACCUGUACUGCUCUGGUUGUUGCUGGGUAUCCUGAUUGGUGCUCUGGUGUUCUACCUGAAGAGGAAGAAGACAGACCCAGGUAAAGUCCCUGAUAAGGACUAGAACUACACUGAACAAAAAUAUAAACGCAACAUGCAAGCAACAAUUUCAUAGAUUUUAUUGAGUUACAGUUCAUAUAAGGAAAUCAGUCAAUUGAAAUAAAUAAAUUAGGCCCUAAUCUAUGGAUUUCACACGACUGGGAAUACAGAUACCUUGUUGGUCACAGAUACCUUUUUAAAAAAAGGGUAGGGGUGUGGAUCAGAAAACCAUCAGUAUCUGGUGUGACCACCAUUUGCCUCAUGGAGCGACACAAUUCGUUAGCAUAGAGUUGAUCAGGCUGUUGAUUGUGGCCUGUGGAAUGUUGUCCCACUCCUCUUCAAUGGCUGUGCGAAGUUGCUGGAUAUUGUCGGGAACUGGAACAUGCUGUCGUAGGCCACAUGUCGAUUCAGAGCAUCCCAAACAUACUCAAUGGGUGGCAUGUCUGGUGAGUAUGCAGGCCAUGGAAGAACUGGGACAUUUUUAGCUACCAGGAAUUGUGUACAGAUCCUUGCGACAUGGGACCAUGCAUUAUCAUGCUGAAACAUGAGGUGAUGGAGGCUGAUGAAUGGCACGACAAUGAGCCUCACGAUCUCAUUAAGGUAUCUCUGUGCAUUCAAAUUGCCAUCGAUAAAAUGCAAUUGUGUUCGUUGCCCCUAGCUUAUGCCUGCCCAUACCAUAACCCCUCCGCCACCAUGGGGCACUCUGUUCACAAUGUUGGCUUCAGCAAACGCUCGCCCACAUGAUGCUAUGCACGCUGCCUGCCAUCUGCCAGGUACAGUUGAAACCAGGAUCAUCCCUGAAAAGCACGCUUCUCCAUCAUGCCAGUGGCCACCGAAGGUGAACGUUUGUCCACUGAAGUCGGUUUCGACCAGAAUAUGUGAGGAGAGUUGAGCAGUUGGAAAUCCCGCUCAUUGCUCAUGGUGCUGUUGCUCAUGGUGCUGUUACUCAUGGUGCUGUUGCUCAUGGUGCUGUUGCGCACCACUCCACCACUCCACGUCUACCAUUUGGUUUUGAAGUAUUGAAACCAAACCAUAUGAUUUUAAUUAAUUUUAAACAGCAUAUUUUUUAAAUUAUUUUUUAUUUAUUUAACCUUUAUUUAACUAGGCAAUUCAGUUAAGAACAAAUUCUUAUUUACAAUGAUGGCCUACACUGGCCAAACCCGGACGACGCUCGGCCAAUUGUGCGCCGCCCUAUGGGACAUUCAAGCCUGGAAUCGAACCAGGGUCUAUAGUGACGCCUCUAGCAUAUAAACACUCUAAAUAGGUCAGGAGCCAGAUAGGGAUCCUAAGGAAUGAAAAUGAAUGAUUUAGGCUAUAUUAUUUCAAUUAUUUCAAGGCUAUAGCCUACAAAGAAAUACAUUGUGAAGCAUUAGUGAGUGAGACACAAUAAGCUGGUAGGGACAUAAAGGGCUCAGCAUCUAAACAACAUGUUGUUGUAUUAAAUCAUUAUAGUCUAUACAUUGCUCAUAUAGGCUGUGACUUACUUAGAAUUUAAUACAAGUUAAACUGAAAAUGCCUUAUUAGGCUCAGUGCCCUUGAAUUUAUUUUUAUUAACACAAUUUUGGCCAGAGUCUGUGGUUUCAGGCUCAUGCGAUGGUGCCUAGAGAACAGGCCAGCAGGUGGAGAAUAUCCUCUCUGUGUUUGCAGAGCCACUGGGGAUGGUAAACACCCUUUUGGGCUCUCUUGCCAGGCUGGGCAGAGAUGCAGAGUUGUUUUUAAUGUUUCUAUAGGUAGGCCUAAAGGUUUUUAGGCAAAAUAACCCAAUCAAAAUGGAAAGCUCCUUGAACGUGGGAAUAUGCCAGGCCUAUUGGGCCAAAAUCAGUUAUGGCCUAUUGUCUAGAUAAUGGAACAACAAUGUACACAACCUUUAAGAGAUCAGAUUUUUAGUUCAUAAGUACUUUGCUACAAUGACACACUUAAGGCCAAAUCAAACGGGCAUUGCUUCGCUUAGACGCAAGAAAAAUAGAGCUUUCUAAUUUUAAGUGCAUGAUGCCUUUGACAGCGUUGACUUUCGCGAUCGAUCUGUUUUCUGUCAUUCACUACCAUGCGUUCUAAUUCUAGCUUGUACACGCUCGUUCUGUUUGAUUUGGCCUUUAGUUAGCUACCCACCUCGUUCCUUUAUUUUAGCAUGUGCACGUAGAAAGUACACCAUCAUGCUUUCAGGAUACUUGUCUUUUCUGAUUCCAAAAUGAUUAUUUAGUUGUGGACACUACAACACCGCACUCCAUCUCUUGCUCUUGGUCCUCAUCUUUGUUAGUCACCUUGAUUUUUCACCUGUGUGUUUUAUCAGUUUCUUUCUGAAAAUAUUUAGUGAGCUCAAUGACAGUAGCUAAAGCAAGGGGCUAUAGCAGCACACAAGUAGACUGCAAAUGCAUGCUGGGCCGGGAAAGCCCUGAGCUCGUGAAGUGAACGCUACUGGCAUGAAGUGAGCGCUACUGGAGCAAAAUUGGAAUGGGCAAGAAGGCCGACACUCCAGCCUUUGGGAAUCUUGCUUUGCGGUCCAGUCAAAUUAGGCAUGCUCCACUCCUCGUGCUUACAUACUCUGGUUAUGACACAGAACUGCAGUCAGGUCAAGACCCUGGUGAGGACUAUUAGCACACAGAUGAGCUUCCCUGAGACGGUUUCUGACAGUUUGUGCAGUAAUUAUUUGGUUGUGAAAACCCACAGUUUCAUCAGCUGUCAGGAUGGCUGGUUUCAGACGAUCCCGCAGGUGAAGAAGCUGGAUGUGGAGGUCCUGGGAUGGUGUGGUUACACGUGGUCUGCGGUUGUGAGGCCAGUUGGACGUACUGCCAAAUUCUAUAAAAAUAAGUUGGAGGUGGCUUAUAGUAGAGAAAUUAACAUAAAAUGAUGUCAACAGCUUUGGUGGACAUUACUGCAGUCAGCAUGCCAAUUUCACGCUCCUUCAAAACUUGAUACAUCUGUGGCAUUGUGUUUUGUGACAAAACUGCACAUUUAAGCGUGGCCUUUUAUUGUCCCCCGCACAAGGUGCACCUGUGUAAUGAUCAUGUUGUUUAAUCAGCUUCUUGAUAUGCCACACCUGUCAGGUGGAUGGAUUAUCUUGGCGAAGGAGAAACGCUCACUAACAGGGACGUAAACAGAUUUGAGCACAACAUUUUAGAAUAUUUUUGUUAAUUAGGACAAUUUCUGGGAUCUUUUAUUUCAGCUCAUGAAACAUGGGACCAACACUUUACAUGUUGUUUAUAUUUUUGUUCAGUGUAUAACAUGGCUGUCUCUGCUCCUGACCAAACUUGUCGGGUUGCUACAUCUUAUGCCUAUGCCAAAAAUUGUGUACAAAUGUUUUUCUAUAUCUCUUCUUUCAAAGCUGUGACAUCCCUACCACUCACCGAGAAGAAUGACCCAGUCUAUGGUAACAUCACAGAUCCACAAAGAGACCAAGGUAUACCCUUCUUCACUUUGGGAGUGAUAUGAUGUACAAUACAUAAGAGAUAUAGAUAUAUCGUAUAACAGAGGUAUGAGAGAGAAGCCUAUGGGUAGAGGAAGGAGGAGGUUUAGAUCAUAGAAUUACAUAUUAUAACUCUUAAUAGGAUCUCUGUGGUUGAGAUUACUUUCAAGAUUAUAUUCCGAAUGCUCCACUGCCAGGAGAUGGAUAUGAAGUCACAACUGUCUGAUUAACAUUUUGGCAUUUUGUAUGUUUCAGAGAGCAAGGGGGGUCGAACAGGGCAAGAUGACAAUGAGGAAGUUCAUUACUCCAAAUUUGCUUUUGUUGAACCCAGGCUUGGUGGUGAGUAGUGGGUUUGGAAACAUAGAAUGGUUCUUAGAAUGUAAAUGGAAGCGUAACAAUUGGCAUUUAUUGUCUUUUUCAGAUCCCAACAGAGUCACAUCAGGGUCAAAUCAGGUAAGAAUAGCACUUUAUUCAAAUUAUUAUUUUGUUACAGUUACCUGUCAUUUUGCUGUUUAGUACAGUUGAAGUCAGAAGUUUACAUACACCUUAGCCAAAUACAGUUAAACUCAGUUUUUCACAAUUCCUGACAUUUAAUCCUAGUAAAAGUUCCCUGUUUUAGGUCAGUUACGAUCACCACUUUAUUUUAAGAAUGUGAAAUGUCAGAAUAAUAGUAAAGAUAAUUAUUUAUUUCAGCUUUUAUUUCUUUCAUCACAUUCCCAGUGUGUCAGAAGUUUACAUACACUCAAUUAGUAUUUGGAAGCAUUGUCUUUAAAUUGUUUAACUUGGGUCAAACGUUUUGGGUAGCCUUCCACAAAUAAGUUGGGUGAAUUUUGGCUCAUUCCUCCUGACAGAGCUGGUGUAACUGAGUCAGGUUUGUAGGCCUCCUUGCUCGCACACACUUUUUCAGUUCUGCCCACACAUCUUCUAUAGGAUUGAGGUCAGGACUUUGUGAUGGCCACUUCAAUACCUUGACUUUGUUGUCCUUAAGCCAUUUUGCCACAACUUUGGAAGUAUGCUUGGGGUCAUUGUCCAUUUGGAAGACCCAUUUGCGACCAAGCUUUAACUUCCUGACUGAUAUCUUGAGAUGUUGCUUCAAUAUAUCCACAUAAUCUUCCUUCCUCAUGAUGCCAUCUAUUUUGUGAAGUGCACCAGUCCCUCCUGCAGCAAAGCACCCUCACAGCAUGAUGCUACCACCCUCGUGCUUCCCGGUUGGGAUGGUGUUCUUCGGCUUGCAAGCCGCCCCUUUUUCCUCCAAACAUAACGAUGGUCAUUAUGGCCAAACAGUUAUAUUUUUGUUUCAUCAGACCAGAGGACAUUUCUCCAAAAAGUACGAUCUUUGUCCCCAUGUGCAGUUGCAAACCGUAGUCUGUCUUUUUUUAUGGCGGUUUUGAAGGAGUGGCUUCUUCCUUACUGAGCAGCCUUUCAGGUUAUGUUGAUAUAGGAUUAGUUUUACUGUGGAAAUAGAUACUUUUGUACCUGUUUCCUCCAGCAUCUUCACAAGGUCCUUUGCUGUUGUUCUUUGAUUGAUUUGCACUUUUCGCACCAAAGUACGUUCAUCUCUAGGAGACAACGCGUCUCCAUCCUGAGCGGGAUGACGGCUGCGUGGUCCCAUGCUGUUUAUACUUGCGUACUAUUGUUUGUACAAAUAAACUUGGUACCUUCAGGCGUUUAGAAAUUGCUCCCAAGGAUGAACCAGACUUGUGGAGGUCUACAAUUUUUAUUCUGGGGUCUUGGCUGAUUUCUUUUGAUUUUCCCAUGAUGUCAAGCAAAGAGGCACUGAGUUUGGAGGUAGGCCUUGAAAUACAUCCACAGCUACACUUGACUCAAAUGAUAUCAAUUAGCCUAUCAGAAGCUUCUAAAGCCAUGACAUCAUUUUCUGGAAUUUCCCAAGCUGUUUAAAGGCACAGUCAACUUAGUGUAUGUACACUUCUGACGCACUGGAAUUGUGAUGCAGUGAAUUAUAAGUGAAAUAAUCUGUCUGUAAACAAUUGUUGGAAAAAUUACUUGUGUCAUGCACAAAGUAGAUGUCCUAACCGACUUGCCAAAACUAUAGUUUGUUACCAAGAAAUUUGUGGAGUGGUUGAAAAACGAGUUUUAAUGACUCCAACCUAAGUGUAUGUAAACUUCCGACUUCAACUGUAUGUUCUUUGUGAUUAACUCUUAUUAAUGUCCAUAACUACAGGAAGGUGAUGCUGUGAUCUAUUCCACGCUCAACAUAUAAAGAAACCUGUCUUUCAGCAGGAUAAAACAACUGUGUUAAAAUGCAGGGAUUAUGUUCCAUAUUUUGUUUAUUUCUUACUGUGUUUAUUAGUCUAUUUUGGAUUUUUUUACCUGAGUAUGACACAAUGUAAAGGAAGGUUGUGUUCAUUUCAAUCCUGCCCACAUGCCCACAGCUGGCAGCACACAAGUAAUCAUCAAUUCGGAGUGCAGCUACACAAGACUAAUCGUAAUACCCGUGGUAAAUUUGGUUUCACUUGUGAAGGAACAUCGAUAAAUUACACAAUGUACAUGGGACAAUAUGUAAAAAUGUGAAUAGUUCCAAAUUUAAAUAACUUAAAAACCUCAAACCAACUAUAAAUUGUAGAAGUUCAAAUUCAUUGACGGUCCCUAACUAGACCCGUCCAUAGGCUAUCCAAAAUCAAACCAAUUUUGCCAUGGUCGAAGACCAGCCAGCUGAAGCUAAUUGGCGCACACACACAAGAGACACCCACAAGUUUAAGAGUUAAUUUCAUGCAAUUCUACACAUUUUGCCAUGGGGUGUAGAGAAAAUGUUGCGGUUUUAAAGCAAGUUAGCUGCAAUUCUACACAUUUUUCCAUGGGGCGGAGAGGAAAAUGUGCUGUUUUAUAGCUAAUUUGCCUGCAGUUCUACACAUUUUGCCAUAGGGGGGAGAGAAAUGUUUGCAGUUUUUAAUAUGAUAUGUGGGGUUGGCAGGUAGCUUAGUGGGUUAAGAGCUUUGUGCCAGUAACCAAAAUGUCGCUGGUUCUAAUCCCUGAGCCGACUAGGUGAAAAAUCUGUCGAUGUGCCCUUGAGCAAGGCUCUUAACCCUAAUUGCUCCUGUAAGUCGCUCUGGAUAAGAGCUUCUGCUAAAUGACUAAAUGUAAAUGAGUGAGACAUACUAACAAAAUCAAUGGGGGCUAAUGCUGAGCGAUUAACCGAAAUUGUUGGUUAUCUUUAGGUUUUUAAACAACUAAUUGACCAACAUCAGUUCAAUUAUUUGAAUUCCACUUCGUUUUUUUUUCUUCUUCUGUGAGCUCAAUACGCACAUUGCCCCGUUUCUCUAUAGAGAUAUAUCAGAUCCAGCCUGAACUGUGCGAUGUAGUAUGGAGUUUCCAACAGGCAAUAUUCUACAUAGUUUAGCGCAUAAAACGUGGUAAUUAACUACAAUGACCAUAAUCCAUUGCGCAUCUACUUGUCCUGUCGCUGUUUCUUUUACUUUAUGCCUGCUACGGAAGAGGCAGAAUGCGUGAUAGUGAGGCGAUAUAGAGAGCAGUUGUUGCUUCACGAGAUAUCUCUACCUGAAAAUACAUGAUCUAAGUUAUUGAUAGUUGGUAUUCAGCAGUCAUAAAAGUAUGCCUUCUUUAAUUUGAAGAACUACAAAAUAGUGAUUUUGUCAUACAGCAUAUGCAUCAGCUCUAUAGAGAGGAGAUGAUGACUUGGAAUGAAAUAACUGUAAAGUCAUUUACAUUUACAUUUUAGUCAUUUAGCAGACGCUCUUAUCCAGAGCGACUUACAGUUAGUGCAUACAUUAUAAUUUUUUAAAUACUGACCCCCCGUGGGAAUCGAACCCACAACCCUGGCGUUGCAAACGCCAUGCUCUACCAACUGAGCUACAUCCCUGCCGGCCAUUCCCUCCCCUACCCUGGACAACGCUGGGCCAACUGUGCGCCGCCCCAUGGGUCUCCCGGUCGCGGCCGGCUACGACAGAGCCUGGAUUCGAACCAGGAUCUCUAGUGGCACAGCUAGCGCUGCGAUGCAGUGCCUUAGACCACUGCGCCACUCGGGAGAGUCAUCAAAUAAAACAAAUGUUAUAUACACAACUGAAAUAUUUUAUUAAAGUAAAGUAAUGUAAAAUGAUAAGUGAUAAGCAGUCAUGGGCAGUCACUACCAUCAUGGGACUUGUAUUAAUUGUUUUAUUCUGUGUUCCAGCAUUCAACCCAAAUAAUCGAAACCGAAAUGGAAAACCAUGAUUAUUUUUUGAAAUUAUCAAACCGAAACCGAACAGACCUCAAAAAGCACUAAUCCUCAGCAAGAAUGGGGGACCGAUGGUUAUUCGACCAUGAUAACAAGUUUAGAUAGCAGGAUGCUAAACUAAUUUAGCAAUCAAAAAAAUGUUAGCUGACAUGGGCUAUAUUGACAGACUAUCAGUGACUGACAUAACAAGAGAAAAACUGCUGAUGCACCUUGUGCUUUCUAUUAUUAUAACUUGCAAUAGUAAAUUGAGACCCCGAGUGCUUUCCUGGGGGAAUUGAUCCGAGGGCCUUCAAAAUGGGGGCUGUGGGCCGCCAGUUGCCAAUCCUUGAUCUAGUAGAAUUCGCUGGCUGCACACUAUUGAAGAACAGAAUCUUCUUUCGAGACCCACGUGAGCUCAUAAUCGCAAAAGGUGACAUGUACCAAAUUGAACAAAUGGCUGGAAUAAUGUAAUUACGCAUUAAAUGACAGAUUCUCAGUAUCGAUGAGCCUAGUAUGUUGUUAUUUGUUGCGCUCUAAAGAGUAUACAGUACGAUUAGUACACAGUAUGUUGUUUUAGUAAGUAAUAUGCAAGACUGAUUUCGGACAUGUCCAUAGUAGAGUAAAAUAUCCUUACUAAGACACCCAUGUAUAGACAGCAGGUGGCGCAAUUGAGGAAUUUCUAAUAGCUGUAACUGAAAUAAUUUUGUAUUGCUGUACAUAUUGCAUCAUUGGGUGAAAACGAUAUUAAUGUUUUUGUAUUUUAUAGUUGUAUAUUUUGUAUGGAAAGUAACUCCAUUAAAUUGGUAUUUUGAAAUAAACACGGUCCUUGUAAACUGAAUUCAACUCAUUGUAUAGGUGAGUGCAGUUGCAUAUGCUACUAGGAGAUGGCAAUGUUGGAAAGACAAUGUUUUGCAAGAAUACAGCACAUGAGGUUUGAGUUGCUAUCUCUAGUUCCUUUAGGGAUUGCAGUGAAAAGGUAGCAAUUCAAUGCAUUUCUCUCUCCCACUAAAUGCAAUGAAUAGACUGCACAUAGAAGGAAUGUCUUUAUACACAGACAGAUGCGGAGUCUAUCACCAAAAUCCCUCUUUUUUUGUGCAGAGGUGUGUGUGUGUGUGUGUUCAUGCGUGGUUGUGUGUGUAUGUACACACACACACACACACACACACACACACACACACAUACAAACACACACUCGCUUCUGUGCUUCUGUGUGAGUCUGCGUGUCUUGUGUGUGCAUGUGGGAGCUAUUGAAAGGAUUCAAGGUCUCCUGAAAUGAAGUAUUUUAUACUUGACUCAGAAAGAAGGAAUGGGAAACAAAAAAAAAAAGUAUUUCAAUUCACACUGAUACGUAACAAUGGCGUUGUGAAGAAAGUGACAGCCACAGGUGUUGAGAGGAGAAUGAAUCAAGGUGAAGACCUAUUCUGCCUCUCUCCCUGCAUGGCUUCCUUCUGUGCAAACCUCUAUACUGUAGCAGCCAUGGUCUCAGGCUGGAGCUUUGUCUGUAGCUGUCAGGGUUAGGAGAACAGAAUAAGCAGUCAUUUUUUGAAAAUAAUAUGAUGUAUUGUUGAAGGAAUUGCUGGCCUCUAUUAGUAAAAAAAAAAAAAAAAAAAAGCCAUAAUACAGUAUUUUCAGCGAUUUAUUUUCACUUCAUUUGGUAUGAAUACUAUCCUCCAAUAGGGGGCAAGCCAGUACAGUUUAACGCUUUUACCGUUUUUUUAUGUGCAGUGUCUUUGCAUCUCUGUGAUCGCCUCACUCACAUGCAUGUAUAUCUACACAGAAACACAUGCUAACACACACCCAUACAGACCUAUACAUCUGAACAUGCACAUACAAAAAAUAUACACACACACACCACAGUAUAUUAUAUUCAGUACUAGCGCAUGCGGAGGAAGGAGCGUGGAUGGAAGAAUGCCUGGCUGUCUAUCUCCUGUCACCAGUGCAUUGUGUUCUCUAUUUAAGGCAAUGUUUACCCAGCUCUCACCAUACACUGCUACCUUACAGAUGAGCUGCCAGAGACACUCAUACCCUUUAGCUCUGUGUCUGCAUCUCUGUCUCACCCCCACUGAUACAAACCAGGGUGUCCAGGGGGUGUCCAAGGGACCUAAACCAGGGUGUCCAGGGGACCUAAACCAGGGUGUCCAGGGGGUGUCCAAGGGACCUAAACCAGGGUGUCCAGGGAACCUAAACCAGGGUGUCCAGGGGGUGUCCAAGGGACCUAAACGAGGGUGUCCAGAGGACCUAAACCAGGGUGUCCAGGGGACCUAA